GCAGCUAUUGGCGGUGCUUCCACCGCAGUCCUCACCGCUGCUUCCACAAAGACUACGGCCGCUCUUGGAGGACAGGCAGUCCCCCAUCGCCGACUUCUACCCCCUGCACUUCGAGACCGACUUGAAAGAAGGAGACAAAGAGUGGCAGGCCAUCGUGUUGCUGCCGUUUGUGGAUGAAGAACGCCUCCGCAAGGCCCUCUUCUCUGUCCUUCAGGAGACGGAUCUGUCAAAGUCCAAGCCGGCACAAGCUGUCGUGGUCGAGGAGAGUGGUUUACGCAGCUGGAACUUUGCAGCAUCGGAAUCAUUGCCCCAAAGCAGAGCGUGCCGAGAUGCCGAGGGAGUUCCACUUCAAUUUGCUGAGGCAGCCGCCGCUGUCCUCCUCCUUGCCACAGAGACAGCGCGCAAAGGCGGUAAAGGUGCCCCGAAGGGGAAGGGUAAGGGAAAGCGCGGGCAGAACGGCUCCGCCAUGAAUCGAGCUGAGAAGGAUGCAAAGGACGAGGUGGAUGCAGGAGUGAUUUCUGGAGUAGAGAGAGCAUCUGUGCACAAUGGUUUGGCUGCAGCAGCUGCAUCUCUACUGGCCCGGAUGUCUUGUCAUGACCAGCAGUGCAGCGUUGCUUGA